AUGAGUCUAGUUAUAUCAGAUUCCUGCAAGGUGGAUGGGUUUCUUUCUAAGUCGGGCAAUGGAUGUGGACGAAAUAUAGGUGACAUACAAUAUUUUUUUAUAAAUGGUCGACCUGUUGACAUGCCACAAGUCACCAAGCUUCUGAACGAAUUGUAUAGAUCCGCAAACUCAAAGCAAUAUCCAAUUGCAAUCAUGAAUUUUAUUGUUCCAACCAAGGUGUACGAUGUCAAUGUAACACCAGACAAAAGAAAAGUCUUUUUCUCUGAUGAAGGCUCUCUUUUGAAGUCCUUAAAAGAAGCUUUGUUGGAGAUCUAUGCCCCACAUCUUGCUAGCUUUUCGGUACAGGGACCUGAGGAGCUCACUCAGGGAGGAAACAACUCAAAGCUUUGUUCUCCUCAUGGUAAGUCUUUUUCACAGUUUUCAUUAAAGCAAGCAUCGCCAGAUGGCACUAAUAGCAAACAAGAAGCAUACAGUGAGAAGCAACAUGUAGAAGUUGACACUGAUAUGCAUGAAUGUGAAAAGACAUUGAGAUCCUCACCUGUUGUUAAACCAAUAAAUCUGGAUGAUUAUAGUUUAUCAAAGACAGACUUUACACUUAAAUUACAUGGUAUGAAGAAAGAUGACACCUUUUUGGGGAGCUAUAACUAUAGUAGGAAGCAUACAACUAUAAGUAACAACAGUAGAAAUAAUUCGCAGGCAACAUCAUACAACUCAACAUUGCAGAAAGGAACAAAUUCACCUCAUUCUGCAGAUAUGGAGGAUUUGAUUUCAAGAUUGAAUAAAGAAAUAACAGUUAAAGAUUAUCUUACAACAAAGGAUGAAAAGGUGGAAAUGGAAGAAAAAGAUGAGCUACUUGAGGAAUUGGAAGAUACCAAAAGUAAACUUGACCAAUUGUCAAAGAAACAUCAAGAAUUAGAAAUUAAAUUAAAAGCAGAUGUGAAAAUUCUUGUGAAAGAGGUUAAAUCACUUAGGAUCUCACAAGUUGAAUUGAAACAACAGCUUAAUCAAUCACUUAUCGGGAAAUCAGAGGCAGAGAAACUAGUGCAACAAGAAAAGGAAAGAAUGGAAGUUGGUAGAAUGAAGCUGCUCCCGUAUCUUUCACUUUUUUCUUCUUCCGAUCUGCCUCGUCAUCUCCUGAAUCAUAAAUAA